AGGCGGCGCGCGGCCCCGUCGCGGGGCCCCGUCUCGCGCCCGCCGCCCGCUCCGCGCACGCGCCGCCGCCGCCUCGCCGGCCCCGCCCACCGGCCCCGCCCCGCCCGGCCCGCGCCGCCGCCGCCGCCGCCGCCAUGAGCGGGUGGGCGCCCUACGUGGAGAGCCUCAUGGCGGACGGGACCUGCCAGGACGCCGCCAUCGUCGGCUACAAGGACACCCCCGCCGUGUGGGCCGCCACCCCCGGCAAGACCUUCGCCAACAUCACGGCGGCGGAGGUGGCGGCGCUGGUGGGGAAGGACCGCGGCAGCCUCCUGGUGAACGGGCUGACGCUGGGGGGGCAGCGCUGCUCCGUCAUCCGCGACUCGCUGCUGGUGGAGGGCGAGCACAGCAUGGACCUGCGCACCAAGAGCGCCGCCGGGGCGCCCACCUUCAACGUCACCGCCACCAUCACCAACAAGACGAUCGUGCUGGUGAUGGGCAAGGAGGGCGUCCACGGCGGCUGCGUCAACAAGAAGUGCUACGAGAUGGCGGCGCAUCUGCGGCGCUCCCAGUACUGACCAAUAAAGGCGCCGCCCCCGC